AUGAUCUCGGAAGACACGAAAGUCUUCAUCGUAGUUCCGAGCGAAUAUCAUGUCCGCGCAAGUCAGCAAUCUCGGCAGUUGUUCAUAGAUAGCUUUCGCAUGCCUCAUGUAUGGUGGUCCGAUCAUAUCCAUAAUGCGAACGGAUAUUUUGGCUGUGAGACGACUCGUGAUGCGGGCAACAUCACCGGCUUCAACACAUGGGCGUACUUCGAAGUCAAGCAUUUAACUAAGGAUCUGAAGUACCAUUGGUCUACUGUCAGACUUUUCACGCGAUGGCUACCCUCAACCAAUCAGACUGGCAUUCUCCUGUUCGAUUCAACCGAAGAUAUAUGGAACUCGCUGUUGACCCCCGACCUAGAUCGGCUCAAAGACCCAUUCUGGGUGUACUCGUGCGUUUUAGAAGAGGUUUCUCGUCUAGAAGAACGCGCUGUAUGGAAUAUCCGCGAUCAGGUUCGAGAACUCGAGAAAGCGCCCCCGCCAUCAGGUUGGAAGCCACAGCCCAACUAUCGGCAAUUACAUGAUAUUGCUCGGCAUUCAAUACAUGUUACUGAGUCCCUUGAAGUGACAGUGCAGAAUGUUGAGCAUAUUGUUAGACAGCAUGAAAUUUUUGUCAACACAUGGACAGAUUGUCAAGCGGAGACAACUCAUCUGGAAAUGUCAAGGCGAUUAGCAUUUUUUCAGAGCUACAUUGGCAGUAUACGACUCCGCUCAGUAUCAAAUGAGAAGCGCCUGCAGAAUGAAAUCCAGCUAGCAUUCAAUAUCGUCGCUCAGCAUGAUGCAGGCCUUACAGUUGACAUAAGCCGCGCUGCACGUUCAGACAGCGCGACAAUGAAGACUCUUGCGUUUGUUACCCUUACGUUUCUACCUCCAACCUUCAUCUCCGCAAUUUUCAGUAUGUCAUUCUUCAAUUACGACACCGGUUCAGGCUGGAGUGUCUCUAACAAGAUCUGGAUAUACUGGGCGAUCGCCAUUCCAACCACUGUUGCAACAGCUCUUGUGUGGAACUGCUGGCCCAAGUACUUCCCCGGUGAUACUGAGAACGUCCAUUAUAAAGAGGCCAAAACCGUAUUGUCGAAAAGUGGUGGAGGUGAUUUUGUUAACCAUGAACGUAUGCAGUGUUAA